GAUGUGUCCAACCUGUCAAAGUUUCUAGCAGAGCGAAAGUUCAGUGCCAAAUAGGUUUAUUUUAGUGGAUUGUUAUUAUAAUGUCGAAAGACAUAACUGCCAAGGAGGCGCUUAUAAAAGCGGCCUACGCCGACGUUCACAAGUUUGGCAACAAUCAGGAGUUUGAUAAGGCGGUUAAAGCUGUUAAUCGCAUACUGGGUGUAGCACCUGAUGAUCAAACUGCACUGCACUGUAAAGUUGUAUGCCUGAUGCAGUUGUCCAAGUUCGAUGAGGCCCAUAAGUUCAUUGAGAAAAAUCGUUUGGCCUCUGUGUUGAUUUUUGAGAAGGCGUACUGUGAGUAUCGCCUAAAUAAGCAGCUACAGGCACUGAAAACCAUUGACGAUGCUGCAGUGCAGCCUCUGCCAGCGAAGUUGAAAGAAUUGCGCACACAAAUACUGUAUCGUUUGGAACGCUAUGAAGAUUGCCUGGAUGCGUACAAGGAGAUCAUUAAGAACAGUAGUGAUGAUUACGAGGAUGAACGACGCACUAAUCUCAGUGCAGUGGCUGCCAAUUUGGCAUUGGACAAGGACAAGGACGUUCCAGAAGUACCCGAGGACACCUAUGAGCAGUACUUCAAUAGCGCUUGCAUUCAGGCCAAUCGCCAGAGAUUCGUUGAAGCCGAGCGCAAAUUGCGAACCAGCGAAAAAUUGUGUCGGGAGUUUCUGGAAGAGGAGGGUGCUAGUGAGGAGGAGAUACUCGAAGAACUGGACGUUAUACGUGUUCAGCUCGCCUACUGUCUGCAACAGCAGGGCAAAAUUAAGGAAGCCAGCGUUAUUUAUGCAGAAUGCUUACGCCACAAACCGAAGGAUGCGGCUUUGGUAGCAGUUGCCAGCAACAAUACGGUGGUUAUCAACAAGGAUCAAAAUGUCUUUGACUCAAAAAAGAAAAUACGCGCUGCCAUGGCUGAUGCCUGUGAACCAAAGUUGACCUCACGGCAAAAGCAAACAAUAGCUCUGAACAAUUGCCUCUUGGCUCUGUAUACCAAUUCCAGCGAUCAAGUGCAACAGUUGACACAGAAAUUGACCCAGAGCUAUCCGCAAGUGGAGUUCGAGGCUCUGCUCAUACGCUGCAGUCAACUGGCCAAGGAUAAGAAGCACAAGGAGGCCAUCGAGCAGUUGAACAAGUUUGCCAGUGCACACAAGUCGCAUGAAUUUAUCAGCAAAUUUGCCAUCAUACAGUUGCAAUUGCUUCAAGGUAAUCGUAAGGACGCUAUCGAAACUCUACUCUCGUUGGGUGAAGCCAAGUACAAGCCUGGCAUUGUCUCGGCGCUGGUGUCUCUUUAUUUGGGCACCGACAAUAAGCCAGCCGCCUCGGCGCUGCUUAAAUCAGCCGUCGAAUGGUAUAAGCAAAAUAAUGUGAGCAGCGGCGAUUUGUCGGACAUGUGGCGGCAGGCGGCAGAGUUCCAUUUACGUGGUGGCGCCUCUGAGACGGCGGCCAGUUCAUUGGAGGAGCUGCUCAAGCUAAAGCCGAAUGAUAUGAAAGUGCUGGCUCAGCUAGUUAUUGCAUAUGCUCAAUUUAACCCUAAGCGUGCGCUCGAGAUAAGCCGCAAGUUGCCUAAACUGGAGACAUUGACUACGGCUUCCGAAAUUGAUGCACUCGAGGCGGCCAACUGGGUGAUGUCUGCAAAGGCAGCUAAAAAGACGGCCAAUGCAAAAGUUGAGCCUUCGCCCAGCACACCCGCAACAGAUAAGAAGAAGAGUGGCAAUCGCAAGCGCAAAGGUAAACUGCCUAAGAAUUACAAUGCCGAGGUCGCGCCCGAUCCUGAGCGCUGGUUGCCCAAGUAUGAGCGCACUGGAUUCCGUAAGAAGCGUGGCGGUGCCCGUGCCAAGGAUAUUAUCAAAGGUUCACAGGGCAUGGCGUCUGGUGCAGCUGAUCAAUACGACAUGUCCAAUCGCGCCAAUCUAAACAAGAACUCGCCUGCAACGCCCGUUUACCAGGAGCCCACGCCCGGCCCAAGGCAGCAACACCGCAAAGGUGGCCACAAGAAGAAGAAGGGWGGACGGUUCUAAGUCGUAACCAACAGCAUGCUUUUAAUUUGUAUCAAUUACAUAUACACUAUCAACGGUCUUGCAUUGUCAACUUAUAAAUAAAUAGAUUGGCUAUUCUUCCCCAUCA